AUGGCACUGCGAAAGAUUAUCUUGGUUACCGGCGGCAAUGGUGGAAUUGGCUAUGAGACAGUCAAAGCCCUGCUUGGAUCCGACAAGCCGUAUCAUAUACUAAUGGGUAGUCGGUCCCUGGACAAAGCCAAGGUCGCAAUGGAGGCUCUGCGCAGCGAAGUUCCUGGCACAACCAACACAGUUGAGCCUGUGCAAGUCGACCUGACAAGCGAUGAAUCCAUUGAGAAUGCAUUCAAACAGGUCGAAGCAAGCCACGGUCUUGUGGAUGUUUUGAUCAAUAAUGCUGGAGCAACAUUCGACAUUGAAUACACGGCUGGAAAGGUCUCUCUCCGCGACUGCUUCAAUAAAGCAUACGAUGUCAACGUGGCUGGCACCAAUGUUAUGACAGCAAUAUUCAUGCCGCUUCUUCUCAAAUCCACAGACCCGCGUUUGAUUUUUGUUGCUGGUCUAUCCGCCAUCAACCAAGCUGGCGAAUCGUAUUUUCCAACACCUCCCCAGCCAGCGGGUUGGCCCAAGCAAAUCGACUUUGAGACUAUCGGAUAUCGCUGUAGCAAGACUGCGCUUAAUAUGCUAAUGCUGGAUUGGAACCACAAGCUCAAGGCUGAUGGAGUCAAAGUGUGGGCUGUUGGGCCGGGUAUGCUUGCUACCAAUCUUGGAGGGAUUCCGGAAAAAGCCAAAGCUAUGGGAGCCAAGCAUCCUAGUAUCGGCGGGGAAUUCCUGAAGAUGGUUGUUGAGGGUGAGAGGGAUUCAUCGACUGGGAAGCUUGUGGUGAGGUCUGGGACUAUGGAUUGGUAA